AUGCGCGAUAGUUCAGCUUCACCCAGCAGUAUGGAAGACAGAAUGGCGAACGACGACAAGACGACCGAUGACUUGUCUACUGAAGAGCUCGUCGAAGGUGCUGUACGUGCGCUGAGCCUGGGAAUUGAGAGAGGCGGACUCGAGUGCGAUGUGUUGGGAGCUGCAACCCCAAUGGUCGAACCAGCAAGAGAGCCAUUAUUGCCGAUUGAUUGUCUGUCUGCUUCGCAUCUCCAUGGGCUUGUCAAUAGUAAAAAUCUUACGCUUUUGUUCAUCGACGACUCCUCCGCAGAGCCCUGGACAGUCACUGAAAAUCUGCCAUGGAACAUUGCGGCAACGUUCUCGAGUGUCUGGAGAGAUGAACUUGGUGGUCUGAAAGAGCGCCAUUUCUCAGAUGCCACUAUUUCCCCUGAGAUGAAGCCGUCACUUGUCAUCAGAGGAGGCCACUUCGGUACUUACCAAGAAAUCAUCACUUGGAUGCUUCUUUCAUGCCGGGGUUAUGGUAUCGCACCAUGGCCAGACCCCAUUGUCGGACGCUUCACAAAUGCUUACCUUACCCGGUUGUGUGCCCACCAUAUUCGCUGUGAUUACUUGGUCGAGGCUGCGAGCAAUCGUAUGGAACAAAUUUCGAACCGACAGAUCCAUUCGGAGGACUGUCGUGCUCUUUGGAUGAUGACUCCGGCAGAUGAAGAGAUGAAGCAAUUCUUGGUUGAACAUGUUGCCACACGUCUCUGGAAGAAGAGGUUGCGAGCAAGGGCUGCUUACUGGACAUUGAGGAAUGAACUCCCAGAUCUCGACCAGGCUAUAAGAACAGCCCUGGGUGUCAAGACGGCCGCCCACCAGGAAUGGAAGGAGGCUGGUGAGAAUGAUGCUAAAGGCCGACUAAAUUUCAAUGGUAGUCGUCGUCAAUACGCUCGAGAUGCCCACCAAGUAUAUGAAGCACAACAACAACAACAUUCAGAGACGAAGGCCAGCGAAGAGCCAAAGGACAAUACAAUCAUGCUGCAAGCAGAGGUAAUUAGAAAGGCAGCCAGAGGCCGGCCUGCAUAUGCAAAGUUGGAUUUGGCAUGCAUUGGAAUGACAAAUGCGCAAUUUCUCAGCUCAGAAUAG